AUGACAUCUAAUAAUGUAGGAGAAGUACAAAAGUUAAUGAAAGGAAUUCGCAAUUUGCUUGAUGUUAGACACAGCUAUUCACCUAGUGAAGAGAGAAUCUUUAGUUUAUUCUUCCCUCAAUUUCAUUCCAUAAUUGAUCAAUAUAAGCGCAAUGCGAAAGAGGCUGAAAACAAAAUGAGUAGCGUUGAAAGUAAAUUAAAAGAUCUCGAGAGUUCGAGAAGUAUAAUUCUAAUCGGUAUUACGGGUAGUGGUAAAUCAACACUUGCCAAUGUAAUUACUGACACUAAUAAUUUCAAAGAAAGUGAAUAUUGUGUUAGUGAAACCAAGGAGGGUAAACUUGAGAAGUUUACCGCAGAGAAUGGAAUAAAGUAUCACAUAAUUGAUACUAUCGGAAUUAAUGACACAGAAUUGUCUACAGAAGAGACAUUGAAAAAAUUAAAAGAAACAGCUCGUCAAAGUAAUUACAACUUAAAUCAAGUUUUACUUGUGUUUGGUGGAAGAUUUACAGAAGCAGAAACAAAAGUUUUUAACUUGAUAAAAGAGAAAUUGUUUAAGUACAAUGAGGAUAUCACCAAAUAUAUUACUUUGGUCAGAACGAGAUUUAUCCAUUUUCAAAAUGCAAGUCAAUGUAAAAAUGAUAUUGAUCGGUUGAAAACUCAAAUCGGAAAGGAGAUAGUUGAAUCGUGUGGGGAAGGAAAAAUCAUUCAUUUAGAUAAUCCACCAAUAAACAUCAGCGGCGACGGCAGUGAAAUGGUAGAAACUCAAAUUAAACUAAAUAAAAAAAUUCUUUUUAUUGAAACAGUUUUAAGAUAUUCUUAA